GCCGCCGCGGCGCUGCUGGCGCGGCUCACGGCGCCCGGCGGCCUCCGCGCGGAGGCGCGGAGCUUCGGCGCCGGCGCCUGGCGGAUGGCGGCGGCGGCGGCGGCGAAGGGUGUGGAGGCGGAUGCGGUGAGCUGCUUGCAUGCCGUGUGCGAAGGGACCUGGCCCGCGGCUGUGAGGGUCCUGGAAGACAUGGAGCCUCCCACAGCCGCGGCCUUCGGCGCAGCGCUGGGCCUGGCAGAGGCCCGGUGGCCUUUGGCCGCUGGCCUCUUCGCGGCCAUGGGCGAUGCGCGCCUGGCCGACGUGGCGGCCAGCACCGCGCUGCUGAAGUGCUUGGCCCAGGCGGCGGAGUGGCAGCGCGCCCUGGGAGCGGUGGACGCGCAGUGGACGUCGGCGCAGCGGGUGGACGUGGUGUUCCUCAACGCCGCGCUCGGGGCUGUUGGGGAGGGAUCCUGGCAGUGGGCGCUGGAGCUCUUCCAAAACAUGCCGCAGAUGCGGCUGGCGCCCGACCCGGUCACGUACAUGACCCUCUUCUCCUGCCUGGGGCGCGCGAGCCGCUGGCAAGCCGCGCUGCGCCUCUCGCGGCGCUCGCCGCAAGAAGCCGCGGCGACGGCCAGCGAGGUGGUGGCGUCGCUCGUGGGAGCGUGCGCUCGAGGCAGUGCCUGGCAGUGGGCCUUGGCUUUGGCCGGCGGAUCGGCGUCGUCGGAGUCGUCGGCGUGUUGGCACGGGGCGGCCAGCGCCUGUGGCGCCGCGGGGCGCUGGCAAGCGGCGCUGGAGGCCCUGGAAACCAUGGGAUGCCGCGGCCUUCGCCUGGGUGCCGUGGGCGGCAACUCCGCCGCCAGCGCUUGUGCCAAGGCGGCGCUCUGGCAGCGCCCGCUUCGGUUGCUGCAGCAACUGUCCGGUGAAGGGGUGCAGCUGGGAGGAGUUAGCUUCAGCGCCGGUGUGCACGCCUUGGCCAACUGCAAGCUGUGGAGCCUUGCGCUGGCCUGGGCGGCGGAGAUCGGAGUCCGGGGCGUGCAGCCCGGCGAGACGGCUUGGAACGCCCUGAGCGCCGCCUUCGACGAGAAGGGCAGAGGAAGGACGCGCUGGGCACUGGCACUGCGGUUAGCGGACCGCAGCACCCUGAGCUUGCUGCUCUGCAGGUUCGCGGAGCUCCGCUGGCGCCUCGCCCUGGCGCUGGCACAACACCCCCACGAGGACGAGGACGAGGAGGUGAGCGCCCACGCGCUGGCGAAGUGUUGCGCGCAGGGCUCCGCUUGGGCUUGGUCCCUGCGCCUCGCCGGCGACGACCUGCCCUCGGCGGAGGCGCUGGCGUUGGCGCCUUGGAGCCUGGGCCCGCACUGGCCGCGGCUCCUGACCGCCGCGGCGGCGGUGUGCGGCCUGCGCGCGGAGGGAAAAGACCGCCGCCCGCGAUCCUGGCCGGCGCCGCGGCGCCUGGACAUCAUCAGCGAUGCGACGAACGCGGUGUCUAGCGCCGGCGACAUCAAGGCGCAGGCAGACCGGAACGCGCGGGCCAUCGGGAAGAUCGUGCCCACCUGGCAAGCGGUGGAAGGCACCGCCGUGUCCAUGUGCCCCUCCGUGCUGGCCACGAAGGACACGGUGAGCAACCUGAAAUGCCGCACCACGGAGUUCGUGAGCAAGGGCAGCAUGGGCUCCUGGGUGCCCUCGGAGGUCACCAACAUCGUCACGGGCUGCCCCGCGGAUUUGCCCACCACCGAGCAGGCGGUGGAGGCUGGGUGCCCGAAGGAGGCCAUGUCGGCGAACGUGAAGGACGUGCUAGGCGAGAACGCCUCCAGCCUGGGUUGGCUCAUGGCGGUGGGUGGGGGCGCCGCCGGGCUCGGGGUUUGCGGCGCGGCAGGUGCCAAGAUGAUGAAGAAGGAUGAGGACACUGAGGAUGAGGAGGAGGACAGUGAGGAACCGCUGCGCGGCUGA